ACGAGACGCAGCCUAUUUAAGACAAUCACAUGAUUUCACUGGGAGUCAAAAUGGUCCGCGGGGGUCACUGGGGAGAGAGAGCGCGGUAGAGUGAGAGAGAUUUUUUUUUUUGGUUCUGGUCGCUCUGUCUGAAUGGAAAAGGGGAAAAUGCUGACCGGGAGAGAGAACUGGAGUGCAAGAGAUUUUACGCGUUGGGAUACUGCGCACGGAAAUGAAUGGAAACCAAAGGAAAGAGAGUGAAGAAGAAACCUGCAUCUGAAACUGAUUGAUGCUUCUUUCAGCUGUAGAACUGCUGUUGCUGGACUGGGGUUUAAAACUAUUUGGACUUUUAGAUUGCAGCUGGGUGAUUGAAGCUUCAGGUCGUGCGUAAAGGUGAUCUACGGAGAUGGCUUUCUUACCGGUUUGUGCAAAGUCGAGACGGUGGACCCUGUUGCUCGUAUUGUAUCUUUUUUGCUUUUUCAAACUGAGCAAAAGCAUACUUUUGAAUAAUGGUGCUGAUAGUGUUGAAUCUCAGCAAGAAGUAUCGGCCCUGCUGAGAUCUCUUAAUUUACCUCAACAUACAGAAUAUGAGAUUGUGUCUCCAUAUGAGGUCAACCACCAGGGUGUUUACAUCUCUCAUGAAGUCGCCCACCACCAGCGCAGAAGGCGACGAAGAUCUCUGAACCCAGAUGCAGACUCACCAAACACCGACAGCAGUAGUGAAACAGUUCACUUCCGGCUGAGUGGUUUGGGGCAGGACUUCCACAUGGAGUUGAAGGAGGCCUCGGAGAGCCUAAUCACACCUGGCUUCACCAUCCAGGUCCUGGGAAAGAAUGGCACCAAGAGCCUGAGGGCCUACCACAAGGACGACCUGUGCUUUUAUCAGGGGUCACUGAGGUCAAGGAUCAACUCCUCCGCGGCACUGUCCACGUGCAUGGGGAUGUCAGGUUUGAUCAGAACACAUGAUGCAGACUACUUCCUGAGACCUGUACCAAGCAGCCUCGCUCAGACAGAGAACUUUACAGCACCCUCAAGCCAUCAGCCGCACAUCCUCUACAAGAGCAAGACAACGGCCCGGGCCGAGCGUAGGGGUCAGGGGCCUCAGGCGCUUCAGGAGAGAUCAGCCGAUUCAACUCAUCACAAAUCACACGGACACUCCGUCUCCAAGAGAUCCACAAGCUCAAUGACAGAACCCAUGGAAAGCCCAGUAAACGGAGAGCAGCAAAAACAGCACCAUGGCAACAACAGAGGCAGCAGACAUGGUGACCAGGUGGAGCAUCAUCAUAGCAGCCAUCACCAUGAAAACGACUACAGACAUAAUGAGAGGCACAGGCAACACUUCUGCGGGAGAAGGAAGAAAUACAUGCCAAAACCUCCUGAAGACGAUGUAUUUGUUCUACCCGAUGAGUACAAGUUCAUCCCCAGAAACAAAAGAGCCGUGCUGAUGAAGAAUCAGGUCAGCCAGAGGCUCAACGUGGAAAUGCUAGUGGUCGUGGACAAGAAGAUGAUGGACAACCAUGGCCAUGAGAACAUUACCACAUAUGUUCUUACUGUGCUUAAUAUGGUCUCCAGUCUCUUCAAAGACGGUACAAUAGGGGGUAACAUCAACAUCGUGAUAGUGGGCCUCGUGCUUCUGGAUGAAGAGCAGGAUGGUUUGGUGAUCAACCACCAUGCAGACCACACACUGAACAGCUUCUGCCACUGGCAGUCAACGCUGGGAGGCAGGGAGGGCCAACACCACGACCACGCCAUCCUCCUCACAGGACUCGACAUCUGCUCGUGGAAGAAUGAACCCUGUGACACACUUGGGUUUGCUCCAAUUAGCGGGAUGUGCAGCAAGUACCGGAGCUGUACCAUUAAUGAGGACACAGGCCUGGGUCUCGCCUUCACCAUCGCCCAUGAAUCUGGACACAAUUUUGGAAUGGUCCAUGAUGGUGAAGGAAACGUCUGUAAGAAGUCAGAAGGCAACAUCAUGUCUCCAACAUUAGCCGGACACAAUGGCAUCUUCUCCUGGUCCGCCUGUAGCCGCCAAUACCUCAGCCGCUUCCUCAACUCCGCCCAGGCUCUGUGCUUAUCAGAUGAACCCCGAGCAGUAAAGGAGUAUCGGUACCCUGAGAAGCUGCCUGGCGAGCUGUACGAUGCAGACACGCAGUGUAAAUGGCAAUUCGGGGAGAAGGCCAAGCUCUGCACCCUCGAUUUUAAGAAGGAUAUCUGUAAGGCUCUGUGGUGCCACCGUGUUGGGAGGAAGUGUGAGACCAAGUUCAUGCCAGCUGCUGAGGGCUCUGCCUGUGGACCUGAUAUGUGGUGUCGUAGGGGCCAGUGUGUGAAACAGGGUGAUGAGGGCCCGAGGCCCCAGCAUGGCCACUGGUCAGAUUGGUCUUCUUGGUCUGCCUGCUCAAGAAGUUGUGAGAGCGGAGUCACCUAUCGGGAGAGGCAGUGCAACAACCCCAGGCCUGUGUUUGGAGGGAAGUUCUGUGAGGGUUCCUCAAGGUCCUACAAACUUUGUAACACUCAGGAUUGUCCUGCCAACACCACUGACUAUAGAGCGCAGCAGUGUGCAGAAUAUAAUAGCAAACAGUUCAGAGGAUGGUUCUACACCUGGAGGCCAUACACCAGAGUGGAUGACCAGGAUGUGUGUAAGCUGUACUGCUUUGCUGAAGGCUACGAUUUCUUCUUUGCACUGGCCAGCAAAGUUAAGGAUGGGACACUGUGCUCACAGGACAGCUCUAACGUCUGCAUCGACGGACUGUGUGAGAGAGUGGGCUGUGACCGAGUGUUGGGCUCCACAGCGGUGCCUGAUGCUUGUGGUGUGUGCAAAGGAGACAACUCCACCUGCAAGAUCUACAAAGGACAGUACACUAAGCAGCUUUACACUAACCAGUACUAUGGGGUGGUGACCGUCCCUGCGGGUGCCCGGAGUAUCCGUGUGAUAGAACUAAAUACGUCCAGCUCCUACCUGGCAGUCAGGGACACACAGAGACGCUACCACCUUAACGGACAAUGGACGGUGGACUGGCCAGGAAGACACCCCAUCGCUGGAGCUAUUUUCGAAUACAAGAGACCCUAUAACCGACCAGAGAGUCUCAUAUCAACCGGCCCCACCAAUGAGACACUAGUCAUAGAGAUCUUGUUGCAGGGCUGGAACCCAGGUGUACGUUGGGAAUACACUCUGAAGAAAGCAGAUGAGAGAAGAAAUCACAUAAAACACAACUACACGUGGGCCAUCAUACGCUCCCAAUGUUCAUUAACCUGUGCAGGAGGUCAGAUGAGUACCAAGCCAGCAUGCUACAAAGACUUGAGAGUGCAAGUAAAUACAUCCUUCUGCAAUCCCCGGUCAAGACCAGCCACUGGACUGAUGCCAUGCAACACCAAACCAUGCCCUUCCAGCUGGUCUGUAGGAGAGUGGGGGGUGUGCAGCCGGAGCUGUGGAGGAGGGGCGCAGACGCGGCAGGUCCAGUGUGACCAGAGAACCAGCCAAACCAACGUAGACGCCCUGGCCGACUCUCACUGCGCUCAGCCCGUUCCUGCCAGGAGGCAAGCCUGCAACACGCACAGCUGUCCCCCAGUUUGGACCAGUGGGCCGUGGUCACAGUGUUCUCGUAAGUGUGGCAACGGCCUGAAGAAGAGGACAGUGUUGUGUACAAGCACCAACCCAGGUGCCCAGAAACAAACAAUGGCAGACAGCGUGUGUGCAGGCCUGCAGAAACCUGCAAGUCAAGAAUCCUGUUUCAUCAAACGCUGCCAGAAACAACGCAAAGUCCAGUGGUUUGUCUCCACAUGGCAAGAGUGCUCAGUUACAUGUGGUCGUGGUUAUCAGGCACGCUUCAUCAAGUGUGCAGAAAAGGACACUGCGGGAAAAUACAGAGAGCUUGCUGCCAAGAAGUGCCACCAUGUCCCCAAACCCACAGUGGAGCUCCAGCGGUCCUGCUUUCUGCCCGAGUGCCCCGUCCGCACGACUCCACCAAUCCACCGAUGGAGCACACAUCAUCGCACCUAUCCACCUCAACCCCUCCCUCAACCUCCAUCUCAGCCAGAGUGGCACUCAUCCCCUUGGUCUCAGUGCACAGUGACAUGUGGAGGAGGAGUGCAGGCCAGGACUGUCCAAUGUCUGGUCCAAGGGAAGCCCUCUCCAGGCUGUGCUCUCCACCUUAAACCCUCCAUGUCCCAGGCCUGCAACACCAACUUCUGCCCACAGCCUGAGAAGAAAGAUGUUGCCUGUAGGGAUUACUUCAACUGGUGUUACCUGGUGCCCCAGCAUGGAGUCUGCAACCACAAGUUCUACGGCAAGCAGUGCUGCCAAUCCUGCUCAAAUUCAAACCUGUAAGCACACAGGUUGAGUCUGUCUGUGGCACAGACAGAGAGGCAGUUAGAUAGACAUAAGACAUUGUUUGAAGCCCGGGCUUGAAAAGACAGCGUUUCUGCUUUAAGCGUGUGGCGAGCACUGAAGAACAAAUGACAUUUCUAUGGAAGUGCAAAAAAAAAAAAGAAAAGAAAGUUGCAGUACCCUUUCUUCUCCAUGCGAUGCCGGACAUCUGGA